UGCUCCCUCUCUCAUCCGCUGGUACAAAGUACAGAAGCCGCAGACACACUCUCUCGGCCUUCCUCCCCCAGCGGCGGCGACUACGGGGCGAGCGGCGCCGCCCUUUGCCGGGUCUUCGUAUCGCGCUUCGCCGGACGCGAGCGCCCGACAGAUUGUUGAGCUAAAAUGGGAGUGGCAGGUCACAAUGAUCUAUUAUUAGGUGAAACAACAUGUGGGUCUUUGCUGCAGCAACUUCAGCUGAUCUGGGAUGAGGUUGGUGAAAGCGAUGAAGAUCGUGACAAGAUGUUACUUCAGCUAGAGCAAGAGUGCUUAGAUGUUUAUAGGAGAAAGGUCGAUCAGGCUUCUAGCUCCAGAGCAUGUCUCCUUCAACAGCUCGCCAACUCCAAGUCCGAGCUGACUAGACUCCUUUCUGCAUUAGGAGAGCUAUCUGUUUCUGGCAUUCCUGACAAGACAACUGGUACAAUCAAGGAGCAACUAGCAGCUAUAUCACCAUCUUUGGAACUACUAUGCAAGAAAAGAGAUAGUAGGGUAAAAGAGUUUGCCAACGUACAACUUCAGAUUCAGACACUUCGUGGUGAAAUCACCGGGAAUCUACAAUUUGGUGAACACUUGGAAACACCCCAUGUUAAUGAGGAUGAUCUUUCAGUAAAGAAAUUAAAUGAAUUUCUUUUUGAACUACAAGCUCUACAAAAGGAAAAGAGUAAUAGGCUCAACAAGAUUCUUGAAUCUGUGAGUUCAGUGCAUGAUCUUUGUUCUGUACUCGGCACGGAUUUCGUGGACACAGUUACUGAAGUUCAUCCUAGCCUUGAUGACUCUGUUGGUGUUCAAGCCAAGAGCAUUAGUGAUGAAACUUUAUCUAAGCUGUCUAAAAUGGUGAUUGGACUUCAAGAAGAAAAAUCGAAGAGGUUUACAAAGAUCCAAGCCCUAGCGUCCCAGCUAUCUGAUCUUUGGAACUUAAUGGAUGCCCCUGUGGAGGAACGCCAACCUUUUCAUCACAUCACAGGCAAUAUGUCCUUAACUUUGGAUGAAGUGACAGUUCCAGGAGCUCUGGCUCUUGAUAUAAUUGAGCAGGUUAGAAAGUGGUGUCUUUUCAGUGUUCCUUGGACUUAUGAGAUAGCAUGCUGUUGUUUGCCUGUUAUUGAUUAUUUUUGCACUUUCAAGGCUGAACUUGAAGUUGAAAGGCUUGAUCAGCUAAAAGCUAGUAGGAUGAAGGACAUUGCAUUCAAGAAGCAAACUGAACUUGAAGAUAUAUAUGCCCGGGCUCAUAUUGCAAUAGAUUCUAGUGCUGCCAGAGAUAGAAUAAUGUCUAUUAUUGAAUCUAGUAGUUUUGAGCCUUCGGAACUACUGGCUGAUAUGGAGAACCAGAUACUUAAAGCAAAUGAAGAGGCAUUAAGCAGAAAGGACAUAUUGGAGAGGGUUGAUAGGUGGAUGUUAGCAUGUGAAGAGGAGAGCUGGCUUGAAGACUAUAGCCGGGAUGAUAACAGGUACAGUGCAACUAGGGGUGCUCAUCUGAAUCUGAAGCGCGCGGAAAAGGCUCGUGUUUUGGUCAACAAAAUUCCAGUGAUUGUUGACACGCUGGUUGCAAGGACGCGGGCUUGGGAACAAGAGCACGGCAUGCCAUUCACCUAUGAUGGUGUUCCUCUCCUUGCGAUGCUGGAUGAAUACAAAGUUCUGAGGCAGGAGAAGGAAGAAGAGAAGCGAAGAAUGAGGGACCAGAAAAAGAUCAAUGAUCAGCUAGCCGCGGAACAGGAGAAGCUGUUUGGUUCGAAGCUGAGCCCAGCGCGGCCCCAGUCCUCAAGGAAGGUGGCUGGAGCCCGGGCUAACGGUGGCGGUGGUGCAGUUAAUGGCACGCCGGUCCGGAGGCUCUCGGCCCUCCAGAGCGGGGGCAGGACCGCGAGUCGGGAUGGGCGGAGGGACCCAAGCAGGCCGGUGGCUCCGGUGAACUACGUCGCCAUCGCUAAGGAGGAUGCAGCCUCGCAUGCGUCCAGCAACCACACGGGGCCCUCCACACCCUGACCGUUGUUGGUAGGUACUACUAGGUAGCAACCAUUGUGACGGUGCUAGAGAUAUACCAGUGCAGUAGUAAAGAGAUAUAGCUGGCCGGAUUGGUGGAACAAUGGCGGCGCCGGUGUCCGGUCGCCGGCGCUUCUUCUCAGGCGACGUUGGUGCGGUGUAGAUUGGAAUUGGGUGCAGGAUAUGAUCUCUCAGUGUCGCCCCGUAUGUUUGUACGAAUGCUGGUUGCUCCUCGUCCUAUCUGCCUGGCGGACUCGUUCAUCGUGUAG